UAAAUAAAGCAACACCAUUCGUGAUUUACUUUUGACUUACCAUAGCAGUUCUAGAACAUUUCUCAACUUUUCAAGAAAUUUGAUCGUUGAUAUCCGAAGAAGUCUAGUGUCUUAAUACAUUAUUUUCUAGUUUCGAUUAAGUAUAACGGAAGCAUUAUAAAAAUGCCAAAGUAUUAUUGUGAUUACUGUGAUACAUAUUUGACACACGACUCUCCUAGUGUAAGGAAAACUCAUUGUACUGGACGAAAACAUAAAGACAAUGUUAAAUUUUUCUACCAAAAGUGGAUGGAAGAACAAGCUCAACAUUUAAUUGAUGCUACAACUGCUGCCUUCAAAGCAGGUAAAAUAGCUAACAAUCCUUUUGCACAGCCUGGAAAGGGAGUAGCUAUUCCACCACCUGCUCAAUUAACUAUGGGACAAAGGCCCGGUCCUGGUGGUCCAGGUAUGAUGCCAGGACCUGGAGGUAUGGGCCCAGGUGGCCCCAUGCCACCUAUGAUGAUGGGUCCUCAUGGUCCAAUGCCGCCAAUGAUGGGAGUGAGAGCUCCUAUGAUGGGAAUGAUGCCUAUGGGACCCAUGGGUCCUAUGGGUGCUGUUCGACCGCCUAUGGGGCCACCAAUGAAGAACUAAAUAAUUUUACAUGUUUCUUGAAUGAAUCUUGAAUAAGUGUGAUUGAAUAGUAAACUUAUGAAAUAAAUAUAAUUUAUCUAUUAAA